GCGAAGAAGUGCUGUGCGGCACGAAAAGACAGUAAAUUGAUCAGAACAGAGACCGCGCGAAAAGACAUUACUUGUAAAUUGAUCAGAACAGAGAUGGAGUAAGGGGCGGAGGUGGUGGUUACGUGGCGUGGAAAGAUGUGAAGUGAAGUGCGCUUUGCAAUUGGAAGAUUGAACGCGACUGACGCAGAACUGAAUGGCGGGGACACAUAAGAAAAAAAGGGAGGAAUAGAAGAAGAAGAAGAAGAAGAAUGGUGACAAACAGAGGCCAACAAACUGUCAUGCUUCACGCUUCUCCGACAAAUCUUCAACAGUUCCGCACGUACAACAAGUCUUAGAAACGCCCACAAGAAGGAGAAGGCGGAGGAGGACGGAAAGCAAGGAGGCUGUAAAUAUGGGGCUAUAGGCGAAGGCGAGAGAAAAAGGAGGAGGAGGAGGAGGAGGACGGAAAUCAAAGAGGCUGUAACGGUGGGGUAUACGUGAAGGAGCCAGAAAAAGGAGGAGAGGGAGGAAUCCAUAGAAGUGAAAGACAGGAAUAGAAGACGAAGACUAAGAAGAAGAAGAAGAAGAAGAAGAAGAAGAAGACUAAGAAGAAGAAGAAGAAGAAGAAGAAGAAGAAGAAGACGAAGAAGAGCCUAGAAAGAUGAGGUAAGUGACGGAGAGGGUAAAAGUAGGAGAGAUAGAGAAGCGAAGAAAAGGAGGGAGAAAGACAGGAAUAUAAAAGAAAACACGGAGAAGGAAGAGGGAGGAGGAGAAGAAGAAGAGAGACAGCAGAAGACGACAAGGGAAUUCAGCAGAGGACGCGACAGCACACGAAGAGAGAAGAGAGGAGAAGAACAGAAAGGAUGUUGCCUUUCCGGUGCCCUUACUGGUUGAAACACCUUCGUCGUAAUCCAUGGAUCGCCCUGGUGGCUGGACUGUUACUCGAGUGCUGCGCGGGAGCGGCAGACAAUUUCUCUAUAUAUUCCACAAGGAUGAAGACUUCUCUCGGUUACGAUCAGCUUAUGCUGAAUACACUUGGCACGGCCAAAGAUGUGAACGUCGCAGUUAUCGCUGGCUGGCUUUACAACCACGUUCGGCCUCGAACGCUGCUCCUCAUCGCUGCGUUAUGUUCUACUUCCGGUUAUCUUCUUCUAUGGCUGGCUGUGAAACAUCUCAUCAUCCAGCCCCCCUUCGCUGUCAUGCUAGUUUUCCUCUGCGUCGCUGCUAACAGCGGCUUCUUUUUCACUACGGGUAUCGUCGUCACUAUGAUUAGGAAUUUUCCUGAUUGCCGCGGCUAUGUGGUUGGGCUCGUUAAGGGCUUUUGUGGACUGAGCGCGGCGAUCUUUGCGCAAGUGUAUAUGGCAGUAUUCGCUCCCGACGCUGAUGACUUCCUCCUCCUCGUUGCCGUGCUACCCACCGUCUUCACUCUCUCUCUCAUGUUCUUCAUCCGACCCAUAGAUCGGCGUCGACGUGGCGAUGCCUAUGAAGCGUAUGUCCGUGGGAAGUUCGGAUUUCUGUACGCCGUUGGCCUCGUUCUCGCGCUCUACUUGCUGGGCGUCAUCGUCGUCGAGGAGGUGCGCGGGCUGUCGGUCACCGAGCGCGUGAUGGGGCUCCUGACCAUGAUGGUCAUCCUGGUUUCGAUGGUCGGCGUGACGAAGAGAUGGCCGAAGCCAUUCGCCGAGGAAGAGGACGGAUAUGGCGGCGGCGUCGGCGCGGGGCUCUUGCUUAUCGCCGGCGACGGCUAUGGCGUCGGCGGCGGUGGGAGCAAGAGGUCCUCCUUGUCGGGGAUCGAGCGCCCGCUUCUGCUAGGAGAAGACGACGGCACAACAGAUCUCGAGCGCGUCAAGAGCGAAAGAGAGGAGGCAGAGAAGCAGAGAGAGCAACAUGAGCAGGGCGACGACGACGACGACGACGAGGUGGAGUCUGUCAUUCACGAGAUCGAAAUUGAGCUAGCCAAUGAAUGGCCGUUCGAUUCCGAUGAAGACUCAGAUGAAGAUUCCGAAGAAGGAGGAGGAGGAGGAGGGGGAGGAGGAGGAGGAGGAGGAGGAGGAGGAGAGGAGGGGUACAAAAGAGAUGGGCGAGGAGGGAGGAGAAUCACAGAAGGCGAUGACAUAGAUGUUGACGACGGCUCUGGAGGUCCAUAUAGGACGGCCAUGGAGGAUAAUGAUCUUCUUGUUGGAGAUGCCGUACACCAGAGGCGGCGGGAAAGCAGCAACGACAGCUGGAAGCCCGAUGCGCUCAUGGCUUCUUCCGGCACGUCGGCGGGACUCGCUGACCAUCCUCCUCCUCCUUAUCCUCUUCCUCCUCCUCCUCCUCCUUCCAAUCAAGAUCAUUAUGAUCAGCAGCAGCAGAACAGGCAGGGGACGGGGGAUGAUGAAGAUCGGGAUCGGGAUCGUCUUCUUCGAGGAGAGGAUGUGGUCAUAACGGGAUCGAGACGGCGACGUCGUCGUCCUGUGCGCGGGGAGGACUUCACCAUUCGUCAAGCCGCGAAGACCGUCGAUUUUUGGCUUAUCUUUGCUUCUUCGGUGAUCGGACGAGGGUGCGGCUUUGCAGUGAUGAACAACCUUGGGCAGAUGGGAAUGGCGCUAGGGUACGAGGGGAAGAGCAUCAGCGCUUUCGUCUCCUUGUUGAGCAUCUGGAACUUCCUCGGCUGCCUCGGGUCGGGAUUCGGUUCGGAGGCGAUGGUGAGGGAGUGGUCCUGGCCUCGCCCCGUCGUCCAGGUCAUCGUCCUCGUGCUUAUGACCGGCGGCAACGUGCUGUUCUGGUCGAACAGGCCCGGGGUUCUCUACUUUGGCUCCGCCUUGGUUGGGUUGUCCUUCGGCGCGCAGGUGACGUUGAUGCCCGCGCUCGUCUCCGAGAUCUUCGGCCUUAGAAAAUUUGCUGAGCUGUACAACUGGAUCAAUCUUGCCAAUCCCAUUGGCUCGUACAUCUUCUCGGUCUGUCUGGCGGGUUCCGUGUACGACAGGGAGGCGGCGAAACAGCAGUCGAGCAAAUGCCGUGGGCAUCAAUGCUACAGCUUGACGUUCCUCGUCAUGGCCGUCGCAUGCCUGGGAGCCAUCGUAUUGAACGUGGCGCUGGUCGCUCGAACGAGAAAAUUCUACAAGCGAGGACGACGAAGUAAACGAGAGGUGGCCGGGGGAGCUCAAGAUCAGAUCUGAUCUGACGGCUCGAACGAGGACGACGCCUCGGCGGCGCGCACCGCCGAUCUGACGGCUCGGCGCGCAUCGUCGAUCUGACGGCUCGAACGAGGGACUACAAGAUCAGAUCUGAUCUGACGGCUCGAACGAGGACGACGGCUCGGCGCGCACCGUCGAUCUGACGGCUCCGACGAGGACGACGGCUCGAAUCGUGUAGAACUCGUUUUUUUUCCCCCGAACGGAGAGAAGCCGUCGUCAUGUGGAACGUGGCUGGCUCUUGUUGCUCGAAGGAGGACGACGAAGCAAACGAGAGAGGUGGCGAGGGGAGCACGAGAGCAGAUCUAAUGCCCUACAUAUAUAUACAGAGUAUACGCACAAUAGGUUUUUUUUGUCGAGUUUGUUUUUGGAUUGGUAGCGCUCUAUAAUUUAAUUCUUCUUAACGUUCAAAAGCUUGUAGUUGUUGUUGUUGGUGUUGUCUGUUCUCGUUAAUUGUUGGUAUUGUGUUGUUUUGUAGAGCCCCAUUUGAGGGUGUACGUACUAUAGGACUCGUUUUUCUACUUGUUUCUGGACGCAACUGCGGUCAGAUGCAUCCAUCCAGCUCGGGCUGUAAAUGCGGUGAGAUACACCUGCGAUAGUGCUAGUGUGAGUACGGCUGCGUAAUCUGUCUGGUGGGGACGAGAGAGGCAGUAGUCGUCAAGUUGGCCUGGUCAAGCGUAUCCAGGCUGGCUUCAGGGACCACCUAACCCAAUGACAAACCUCGUUUUCUCUCUACUGUCCUCCCUUUCCCCAACUAUCUCAGCGCUCCACCGUUUCCCUUCUUCUCGGAGACCGUGUCCUUCGUAAGCUGACCUCCUCCGCGAUCUCCUCCUCCUCCCCGUCUUCUCUCUCUCUCUCUCUCUCUCUGUGUCUCAGAGUGCCUGAUUCUAUGGAAAGGAUCGCACCAAGGCUUGUCGAACGGUAACCUUGCAUGCAUCCGAUGCAAGAAGACGUCCAGGUACACUCAAGUGUUCGUGAGGCCAGUCUUGGUGUGACUGGCACCUUAGUUGCUCAGCUAAUCGUUACACUCACCAUUUUCCUCCCUCCCUCCCUCCCUCCCUCCCUCUCUCUCUCUCUCUCUCUCUCUCUCUCUCUCUCUCUCUCUCUCUCUCUCUCUCUCUCUCUCUCUNUCCCUCUCUCUCUCUCUCUCUCUCUCUCUCUCUCUCUCUCUCUCUCUCUCUCUCUCUCUCUCUCUCUCUGUCGCUCGCCCGCUCGAAGACUGAUUAAGCGCCUCAGAGUUCGUUUCGUUAUUGAUAGAUCAUGCCAAGACUUCACGUACACUUCGUGCAUGUAUCUAGUCCAAGAAAACACCCAAAUACACUAUUUGAGUGCAGCCGCGGUCUGAUGUGUGCCCCUUCAGCUCAUCGUCACAUCAGCAUCAUCAGCACUGAUUGUCACAUUUCAUUCGCUGAGAUUCGUUCACGACAGUUUUUGGUGUCAUUCUCUCUCUCUCUCUCUCUCUCUCUCUCUCUCUCUCUCUCUCUCUCUCUCUCUCCCCGUUAGGAGUGACACUCAAACAGAGGUACACGAGACAGAGGCAGAGAGAGGAGGAGACGGAAGGAGGAGGAGGAGUGGAGUGUGGGUGUUUUGGGGUCCAGACUGUGUAUUCGAAGGCUUGUUAGGUUGGUGCUUUUCGUGAACGGUUUUGAAUGAAGCACAAAGAUUCGG